AUGGAUGGCUCCUACAUUCCACCGCCGUUCCCUUUUCCAGACGCUUGGCCGAAGAUCUUCGCAGAGCAGCAGCAGCAGCAGCAGCAGAAGGGCAGAUGGCUCACUUCUACCACAUUUGGUCAAGCACAAUGGGCCGCAGGUCCUGCAGUAGCGUAUACUGCUUUUGCAGCUGAUCAAGAGCGUGUGUCUGUAGCAAGUUUUGAUGCGCAACAGAGCGUUGAUGGGAUUUCUGAAGAAGGUGAAGACGGUGCGUACGAGUGCGUCUACGUACUCAGUGAUGAGUGGCGAGAACGCUUCCGGUCUUCUAUUCGAUUAGAUCAACGGCCCAACAGUGCAAACAAGGAGCGCCAAAUGAAGAAGAAGAAGCAGAAGAACAAGAAGAAGGAGAGAACGAAGCAGCAGUCACGCGCAGCAAACGCUACAACUACGUGCAGCUCAAGUCGGUCGAGUGACUUGCAUGACGAGAUUCAAGCUGCAAAGACUCGCGCACUUGCUCGGACGUGGAAGCAACGAGGUGACGUCGAUGCAGCAGUAUUAGGAGCGCCAAUGCCUUCCCGGAUCAAGGCGUUGGAGGCGUCGCUCGACAUGGCAUUCGACGACUUUUGCGACACGUUCCAGCCAGCCGUGUGGCCGCACGAUCCCUUUUAA